UCAAGUUCAACCGCCGUAGUUUUUCUUGGAAUCUAGCAAACCGGAAUUGAUUUUUGCUGUUUGUCCUCGGACUGUAGACCGCCUUGAAACUAGAAACCAACGACGCAAAACAAGAUGUCGAUUGUUCCUCUCAGAAUCACACUGCUGCUGUCCUCCACGUCAUCUCUUCUGCACCAAACGCAGCAAGUGCACGCGUUGCGUGCCGGACUACCGUCCCAGCCGGCCGCAGUUCCAGCACCGCCCACGCCGUCGACCUCGACGCAGCAGUUGCAGCAAACGCCGAAAGACGAGGUAAAUUUGAUUGACUUGGGGCUGACCGCCGACCAGGAACUAGCGGAAGUAUUUCGCGAGCGCAGCCUCGAGGAGGAGCUAAGCGGCGUGUUCCCACAACCGGAGCAGUGGUCACCUGAUUUCAACGAUGGUGCGACUGCUCAGGACCAACAGGGCAGUGCGGCUACUAACUUUGAUCCGAUGUUGACGCCGCCGGUGACUGCUACCUCCACGAUUUCCUCCGCUUCCCCACCGAACUUCCAGGAGCCCCCGCCGGCGUUUUUGUUGACGCGCAGUCGCGAGGAGGGACGGCUGCGGCCGCGCCGCGACCCGCGUGCUUUCCUGUCCAACGCCGGGGCAGCGGGUGGAGCGGCGCCGACCGUGCAGGUGGAUGAAGAAACGCGAACUACGGCGCCAAACUCUCCGGCGGUGGAGACGGGGGGCACCGGUAUCCUGUGCAAAAGUAUCGUACUCGUAGUAAUUGCAUUUAUGCACUACAAGUCUCUUUUUCAAGGUAAAUCAGCACUACAAAUUGGAUUUGUAAUUCUGGGGAAAUUUGUAAUGCAAUACUAGUAGUGCGAUACUUUUGCAUUGCAUAACCGGCUCGUCGCUGCAAUCCUCUACGUCUGCCGUGACCAGUCCGAAUCUAGCCUCGUCCAGCGGCGGCCCGUCGUACGAACAGGUGGGCGAUGCGGUGGAUCUGCUGGGGCUGGAGCCACAAGAACCGACUGAGAAAACUGAGAUGAAAUCGACCGCAGCUGCUGGUGAACAAGUAGCACAACCAGACACGGAUGCGGAGAAAGUGACAGAUAAGGAUACCGCUGUCGCGCCGUCUCUGGAGCCGCGGACAACUGGAACUGCAGCCGCGUCAUCUUCGGACUCCGCCACCGCUCGCUCUUCCAACGAGGCAGCUCCGAAAGCAUCCGCUCCGUUCAUGACCGGCUCCGCCGGUGCUCUCUCCAAAGCCGUUGCGACCGGCGCGGAAAAUGUGCAGUACCGUGAGAAUUUCGGCGCGGAAGAGCCCGAGGGAAACCACGGACCGGAUGGCUACCAUUUGCCGCCGGGCGUCAUGGUGCCUCCAAACCCGCUGGACGGAAAGCUGAAAAUCACCUGCCCGCGCUGCAACAACAAACUGAAACUCUACUUCCAGCAGACCAGCCCCUAUGAUACCAUGUCCGUCUACUGCGACGAACACAACGGGCGCUACAAACUCCGGGACGGACCCGACUGCAAUGCCGAGGUAAGUAAUUAUGCAUUUUGGUUUGUAUUUUGUUUUUGCCGACGGCGAGGACCCAUUCAUUGCAGUUAGUGUCGUCUUCGACCAUGUAGCGACAGCUCCUUGUAGUUCUUCCUUUGUGUUUUUUCUGCAUGCUCUUACCAAUGAUUUAGUCCUCAAAAGCGUCAGCUUAAAUUUGUUUUCUUCAUUUUUCAGGACAACAUGGUGAACAAGAAGUCGAACAACCAGAACUGCUACCCGCUCGCGUUCUACCACUGCCACCACUGCACCCAAACGGCCACGCUCACCAAGGCUUUCGCGAACUUGAGUUUCAACCUGGGCCUGGGGAUCGCGGAGCCGGUGGGGUGGGACGUGUGCCUGGACUGCGCCUGGAAGGCGGCCUGCAAGAAGUGCGGCAAGAGCAAGAAGUGGAAGGAGGCCCGGAGGGGGUCCAACGCGUCCACGCUGUGGAGCGUGGAUCAGGGCUGCAGCAACGACGACUCCAGCACCAUAGACGAGGUUGACCUGCGGGGGUGGUAAGAAGAACGUCGACAUCAAAGGGUUUGUGCUGUGAUUGCUCCUGAUCGUCAAAAAACUCCCUGACAAACGAAAGAGAAAGUAGAUGCUUGUAGUGUUGCACUACGUCAGGAGGAAGGACGGCAUGUUAAUAUCUAAUACGUCAAAUCUAGAUCUACUACAUUCAUUUUCCUCUAGGUUUCUUUCGUGCUCUGCUGCAUAAAUUUUCAAUCUCUGCGGAUGCAGAAUUAGGGUGGCAUGGAUCCGCUAUGCUGCCCAUCAAAGAUUUCGAGAAUUUUGAUAUUGGGUGAAUUUGAGUACUUCAUCAAGUUUUGUUUAUCGACGUACAUUGAAGAGUUAUUUGAGCCUUGUUUCAGUCACUUGCAUUCUUCUGGAUUGCCAUGCGUUGUGGCAAUCAAUACCGGCUCGAAUUGAAGAGAAAGUUUCUGCGAAAUACACCCCUGUGGUUCUUGUGGCCGGGAAUAAAGUAGAUUUCGACUUACAAGCUCCACUUUGUCUGUUUAAACCAAAAUUCAAUCAGUUUUUCUAGAUGUAGAUAUG